AUGAAAUUUUUGCCGCACACCGAAGAGGGGAAGUUGAAAAAAUACUUGGGCGAAGAGGGGAAGUUGAAAAAAACACGUAGCGGGAGGUGUUUGAUCAAAGUGUUUGUGGCUUGCGAAUUUUCUGCGAUUUUCACGAGAAUAUCAUCCAUUCAAAGAAAAAGCAUUUUGUGGAGGCAUUUGAGCAACUCAAGGAAAACCUCAGUCUCAGGCAGAAUAAGUGUGAAAUUGUGGCUCCCAUAUUGGGUACCUGAAACUCCUGUGGAGCUUGAGCUUGGACUUCAAUUUCAAUUGUGCAAUCAUCCAGCGUCUGUGAUCUCUGCGCUGAAAAGUCUUCUUGGUGUUCCUCUUGAAUUUUCACCAAUUUUCAGGAAAGUCAUCAAGUCUGGAAAAGAAGGUGGAAGCAACUUCCAGAGAGGGUCUUUCGGAUACUUCCAGAAACUCUUGGGCGCAGUCAUUUCAACUUCCCGGAUAGCGCCCCACAGAAAAUCAAUCCAGGACAACACACACUUAUUCUACCCAUGUAGAAAGAUUUAUCUUAUAAAUAAAUCAAUUUAAAUUGAAAUAAAGUAUUUUCCUACUAAU